AUUAAUAAGUUUUAUUAAAAAAAAAAUAAUCAAAAAAUUAUAAAAAAUGGCCAAAAAAGCUGCUGCCCAAAAGAUACAAGAAGAAAUAAAUUCGGAUGAGGAAUUAGAAAGAUUUCUGGAUCGUCCUGGUUUAUUGGUUUUGGAUAUAUAUUCUGAAUGGUGUGGACCAUGUUUGGGUAUGGUGGGCAGUUUAAAGAAAAUCAAGCUGGAGGCUGGUGGUGAUAAUCUUUCAUUGGCCAUUUGCAAAAGUGAUACCAUCGAAGCCCUAAAAAGAUUCCGCCGUAAAAGUGAGCCAACAUGGUUGUUUGUUGCGAAUGGCAAAGCUGUCAACAUUAUGUUCGGUAGUGAUACUCCCAAACUAAUGAGUCUCAUACUGGAAGAACUUGCCAAUUUGGGUAACACAAAACGUCCCUCCUAUGAUAUCUGGGAAUAUCAACCAGAAGAAGAAAUACGGCGUCGAGCCAAAGAACACAUUUUGGCUGAAGCUCAACGUAUUGAAUUUGAGGCGCGGGAAAAGAAACGCCUCGAGUAUCUCACCCAUGUUACCGAUGUUAUAAUGGAAAAUCUACCCGAUAUUGGGGUGACGGUCUUUGGUCCCCAAGUUAACCGUGAUUUAAUUAAGAAAAUUAUGGAACCUGCCGAUACGCUAAAAAUGCAAUGUAAAGAUCGUAAAUUUAGUGAAGUGUCCCGAGAACAUUUUGAUGUGAUACAUUUUAAUUGUCCCAAUCCAAUAGAAGAAGAUAUUCUAGAACAAUUGGAAGGUAAAGAAUUGUUGGUGUGUUUUUGGCGUGUACCAGGCGAGGGCAAAGAUGUGGCAAAAAUUUUAUCGCAGUAUGCUAAGGAAUUGACCAAGUCGCACACCUACCCAGCGGAUGAAUUUAAUGAAGAGGAGAUUGUGGUGCCACCCAUAUUGGGGCCCUUGGAUUUGAAGGUGGAGGUUGAACUGAAGGACGGUGAAAUAUGGAUCGACGAGGAACCAUCAUCCCAAGAAAAUCUGGCUGACAAAGAGGAGAUUGCCAAACAAGACUUGGCAUUGGAUUAUGGUUUGGGAGAAGAGGAAGAAGACGAUGAGGGCAAUGCAGAACCCAUGCCACCCACAGAAAUGCCAGACUUAGGUUUUGAUUUAGGUCUCGAUAAUGCCAUUGAAGAAGUUGAAGAAGAGGAUGAUCUACCUGUCGAAGAAGUAGUAAAGACACGAAUGCGUAUUAAAAAAGUUCGCAUACCACCCAUAUGGAUAGCCAAUAAUCAUCGGACCCAUGCAGCCCUUGUUUAUGUGUUCUUUCGUAAUCAGACAGCGAGUUUUCUACCUCCCGAUCCAGUGCCAGAACCACCACACAUUAUUAUGGCCUUUGAUACCUACAAAAAACGUGACCUAAUCUCACAUGCCGAUCAUCACAAAGAGGAUAUACCCUGUUAUGGUUUCUUUACCAGUGAUGAUGUUGAAGAGGCGGAAUUCAUAGCGAAUUCCAUAGAGAAAUAUAGUCCGCAGACAAUAAAUGAUAAAUUGGUCCUGAAGGUCAACAAGGCAACCUCCCACACCAUGCUGACAUUGAUCACAUAUGAUCCCACCUAUGUUAGUCCCAAUGUUAAUGUGGGUUUUGAAGAAGCGAAGAAAUUCUUCCCGGAAACUUAUAAGACAGCCGAGCAGGAAAUGGAAGAGGAAGCCAAAAAUGCAGCGGAUGAUUCGAACCAGAAGAAAAAAAAUGUGAAAUAA